AUGGACGACAAGGAGUCAAUAAAGAGACACUACAAUCAAAUCCCAAAUAAAAGCAGACAAGAAAGAAGACACACGAGGAACAUAAACAUUAGAAAUGCAAAUAAUUUUAUAAAGUCGUGUAUAAUAAAAUCCUACGUAAAGCCCUGCGAUAGUGUUCUCGAUAUCGGUGUAGGCAAAGGUGGUGAUUUUAUAAAGUAUCAGAUAGCGAAAGUAAAAGAGGUCUAUGGACUUGAUAUAGCCAAUAGAUCAAUAUUGGAUGCAUUAAGCAGGGCAAGGGAAUCGCAUAUUGAUUUUAAAUUGGUACUCAAGGUCAAAGAUUGUUUUACAACUAGGUUUGACCUGAGAAAGAAGUUUGAUAUAGUUUCAAUACAGUUUAGCUUUCAUUACUGCUUUGCAAAAGAAGAAUAUGUUCAUGUAACCUUAGACAACAUUGAAAAGCAUUUAGUAAAGAAUGGUCAUGUAUUAAUCACCAUUCCCUGCAAAGAAGAAAUUCUCAAAAGAGCAAAAGAAGAUAACUUAUCAAAUAGAUUUUACUCUAUUAGAUUUAAAGACAGAGAUAGUGAAAAGAUAUAUGGAAAUGCAUACUAUUAUACACUUUUAGAUUCAGUUAAUGACUGUGUUGAAUAUUUAGUGGAUAUGAAAACAUUAGUCAGUAAAGCUCAACAGAGAGGCUUGGAACUUGUAAAGAAUACACCAUUUAGAGAGUUUUACGAUGAAAAUGCGAAGUUAUAUACAGAAUUACAUGAUAGAUUAGUGUCUAGACCAUUAAAUAAGGAGGAAGAGGAAGUAGUAAGCUUACACCACAUUAUUGUGUUCAAAAAGAUCAGCUAA